AUGGCAUCCAGUAUUCUCCCAGAAAUGACCUUGCCAUCAUUAAAAGUGAAAAUAAAUGGAAGGCUCCGAACAGCAUUAAUUGAUUCUGGAUGCUCCAUUACUGUGGUUCAUGCUGAGUCCGCGCAUGGGCUUGUGUUAAAAAGUCAAAAACUUAUCACAACUUUGGGAGGAACUGUGCAAGUGCUGGGUGAAAUCGUAAUCAAUCUGGAAAUUGAUGGAAUACACCGGAUGGUUAAUUCUCUGGUUGUAAAAGGAAAACCAUUUGGGUUUGAUUUGAUUUUUGGAAUGAAUGCAAUUAAAAAAUUUGGAGGAGUUAUCAUUUAUGGUAAUAAAAACUGUAACGUCCGAAUGUUAGCAUGUGACAAAGCGAAAUGUGGUGCCGUUACUACGACGAGAAAAAACGAAAACGAAUUAAACGAAUUAAAAAUUGAUGUUAUUAAUACGACAAGAAAAAGCGAAAACGAAGUACAAAAAAUAAAAUGUGAUGUCAAAAAUACAACAAGAAAUAAAGAGAACGAAAGAAACGAAAUAAAACAUCAGGACUUCACAGCAAAGUUCGACGUAAAAAAAUGGACGGCAUCAUGGAACUGGAAUAAAGUUCGUGUAAUUGAUAAUACCAUUUGUGAAUACAAGAUGAACCAAGAGCACGAACGUAGUUACCGUAAAGAAAUACGUGAAUGGAUUGACUCUGGUAUUCUUGUACCAUAUAACGAACUAAUAUUGGGACCACCAAAAGUAUUGAUACCGCUUAUGUGCGUAGUGCAAGAAAACAAGGACAAAAAGGUACGUCCAGUGGGAGAUUUCCGAGCUCUCAACAAAUUUGUAAAUUGUCAUACGGCAAAUGCGGACGUUUGUCAAGAAAAACUGCGUUGCUGGAGAAAAAUAAAAAAUGCAAAAAUUCUCGAUCUUAAAAAAGCCUACCUCCAAAUUCAUAUUGAUAAAAAACUUUGGCCAUAUCAAACGGUGAUUAUAAAUGGGCAACGGUAUUGUUUUACCAGGAUGUGUUUUGGCAUCAAUGUGGCUCCAACAAUAAUGACCACAAUUCUUCGGUAUGUGCUCAAUUUAAAUCCAACCGUAAAGAAAACAUGUGAUAACUACAUUGAUGAUAUAUUUGUGGAUGAAAGUGUGGAAACUGCGAAAAAUGUAGCGAAGCAUCUGCUUAAAUUCGGAUUACAAUGUAAACCUCCACAAGAUCUUGAACGAGGACGUGUCUUAGGAUUGAGAGUCGAAAGAAAUAAAAAGGGGGAACUGAUAUGGAAACGAGACAAUGUGGUACAAUUCGAAUCUUUAAAUGCAGUCACACGAUCACAGCUAUUCAGCCAGUUAGCUGGAAAUAUACCUUGGUGUGAUUUUAUUUCUGAAGAUUGUAAAGAAAAACUGAAAGAGUUGCUUUACCGUGUGGAAAAAGAGGAUCCGGUUGGUGGAAAAUGGCUGGUACCAGUUAAUGGAAAAGCUGAGCUUUAUUGUGAUGCAUCAUCUAUAGGACUUGGGGUAGUUCUGCUCAUUGGUGGAGUAGUUGUUGAAGACGCAGCAUGGCUACGGCCGGCGACUAGUAAGUGGGGCAUAAAAGAGUUAACAGUAUACAGUGAUAGCAAGAGCACCGUAGGAUGGUUAAACGCAGUUUUGAAGGAAGAAUAUCGCGUAAAAACUCGGCGAAUUUCUCAAUUGUUAGUACAAAGACGAUUGAAUACUAUUAAGGAAGUGGCAAAAGAUAUUCAGAUCGCAGUACAAUGGAUUCCAUCUGAGAUAAAUUUGGCUGAUCGACUCUCACGAAUCCCUCAAAAAUGGUGCAGAACAGUGUGUGCAGCUGGAUUACUUGAACAAAAAGACAUAUGGAAAAUUCAUUCAAUUGGUCAUUUUGGUGUUGCUCGAACAUUACAACUUUGCUUGCGAAGUAAUCAGAAUGUAUCACGUAAGGAGGUUUCAGCAGUAAUUGCGAAUUGUAACCAGUGUAACUCCAUUGAUCCUUACUCCGUAAAGUGA